CAAAGCAAGACAAGCCGGGGCCAUUCAGAAUAUUCAAUAGCAAGCGAGCAGCCGCUUUCGGCUGGUGUGGGCGUUCAGGUGCUUCCUUUUCGCCGAGUGUUUCGUCCGCACGUUGUGGGGCGGCGAGACUUUUGCAUCGGCGAAGAGCAACAGGUGCCCCGACAGUUGUGUUAGGUGAGCAGAGGCUCGUUUCAUUCUUCCAUAUGGCGCAGGCGAAUGUCACGGCGGCCCCGACCAAAGCGACACGGUAACAAUCGCUCCUCUAGAGAGUGCCGAUGCAGCAGCUGUCGGCGUCGAAGUCUUGCUGCGCGCACUAGUGUGUGUUCGUCCGCACGUUUUCGUAGUGACGGUGCUCCAACACGUUGGUCAAGCGGCGGCCGUGGUGCACUGCAUCCUUCUCGCGUUCUCUUCGCACAGGAGGUCCUUGAGCCGAGCAAUUUCUUGGCAGCCUUGGUCUGUACUCCUGCGCUUGUUCUCGGUAGCAACCAAAUCCCUGUGCACGCCUAGGACACCUUGCAACAGCAAAGUUACUAACAAUGCCCGUGAAGAUGUGCCGCAGGGUAGCGAGCCGAUGCCCUCGCUAUUGCGAUGGGCUCUGUUUCCCCGACCGGCCAUGCGCCGUCGCAUAGCCCGAAAGGACUGAGGCACAGGAUGGUGCCCCGGCUAACAGGCGACAAAGUGGCGAAGGAAAGCCAGCCACUGAAUGACCUGGCCUCUUCGUCUUCGGCCCGCCGCAGCGACGCAGAGUCUGGCGGGGAGGGGGACUGGACGGCUGAUGAGGAGGUGAUGAUCGUGGACAAAGAGCCGCUGCUGUCCCGGCGGCUAAGUAAAGACAGUGCAAAGAAUGACAGGGCCGGCACUAUUGUGGAUGACACCCACGAGUCCCUCUGGUCAGUGGCCGUACAGGUGUUUGUGCCAUUCCUCAUAGCCGGCUUCGGCACAGUCGGUGCUGGACUGGUGCUGGACGUCAUACAGCACUGGAAGGUGUUCCAGAAGAUGUCUGAGCUGUUCAUCCUCGUGCCGGCACUUUUGGGGCUCAAGGGAAAUCUGGAGAUGACUCUGGCCUCACGCCUUUCGACACAGGCUAACUUGGGAAAGAUGGACACCUCGACGGAGCAGUGGAGGAUGGCCACGGGGAACCUUGCGUUGCUUCAGUGCCAGGCAACAGUGGUGGGCUUCCUUGCCUCACUGUUUGCCAUGGUGAUGGGCUGGAUACCCGAGGGAGUGUUCAACUGGCGAGACGCGCUCCUGCUGUGUGCCAGCAGCCUGCUGACGGCCAGCGUGGCCAGCCUGGCUCUGGGCCUGGUCAUGAUCGGCGUCGUGAUCGGCUCGCGCAAGUGCCACGUGAAUCCGGACAAUGUGGCCACGCCCAUCGCAGCCUCUCUCGGUGACCUCACCACCCUGGCACUGCUUGCCUUGGUUGCUAGCUUCCUCUACUCCUGCCUCGAGGUGCACCAGACGUGGCUGGUGGUCGUGGUGUUGGUGGCUGUGGCAUUGCUGCUUCCCCUGUGGGGCAUGCUGGCAUGUGCCAACCCUCACACCCAGGAGGUGCUCUACACAGGGUGGACACCCGUCAUCUCUGCCAUGGUCAUCUCCAGUGUGGGAGGAUGCAUCUUGGACUUUGCUGUCUCCCGCUUCCAUGGCAUUGCUGUCUUCCAGCCUGUCAUAAAUGGCGUGGGCGGCAACCUUGUGGCAGUGCAGGCCAGCCGCAUAUCCACCUUCCUGCACCAGAGGGCGACGCUGGGGUUCCUGCCUGCUUCGGACCCGUCCGUCUGCCUCAAUCCCUUCUUGGCCUUCUUCGGCAAGAGUGCGCACGCACGCACUGCUCGUGUGCUGCUGCUAAUGGUGGUUCCGGGACAUCUGGUGUUCACGUACGGCAUCCGGCUGCUCAAGGCUGGCCACACGUCAGUCACUCCCAUCUUCCUCGUUGUCUACCUCACCGCUGCUGUGUUGCAGGUGCUGCUUCUGCUCUACGUAGCCCACGUCAUGGUUCACUGGAUGUGGAGCAGGGCGGUGGAUCCUGACAACUCAGCCAUUCCUUACCUGACCGCCCUGGGCGACCUGGCGGGCACGGCUCUGCUGGCGCUGUCCUUCCUCCUACUGGAUGCCAUUGGAGACGGAGGUGCGUUACCUUAGCAACUAACAUGGUUUUUAAGAUGAACUCAACCAUGUAUGUGGAGCGAAGAAGCGUACAGUUGUGAAAAUAUUUCGCCAUGUGUGCUUUUGAUACAUUUCUUUUUGAUUGCAUUCUUCCAUGACAAUGUGCUUUCUUUCACAAGUUUUUUGUACGACAGAUGUUUCAAGGAUGCCCAUUUGGUCAUCACAUCUUAAAACUGCAGUGCUGAUGUGUUGGUUCUUGAGGAUGAUUUGUUAUCUGCUGUUUUAUUUGAAUGCUGUUGAUUCUUUAUUGAUGUAUAAAUAUGUUUAAACUAACUUAUUGUAGCUUCUUUUGUCUCAGUUGUACGCACCUGUUAUUUUGUGUACCACUUCUGUAUCUAUGUAUGCAUCUUGCCUUUUCAUUCAAGAACUUUUGCUUGUGUGAAUCACCAGAAAGUCAGGGACGGCUGCAUAUGUCGAACUAUAGAACGACGGGCUUGGUGUGCAAUUUGUUGAUCAGCGUCACUAUCAUUGUGAAUGUGAUAACCUCUGAUUUGUUUUAGUCCUUUAUUUUUAAACCUUGAUGGCAUUAUCUCACCUAUUGAGGCUUCGUGUUUGGGACGAAAGAAUCUCAACCGAGCACUUUGCUGUUUCUGUGCAGAUUCAUGCAUAGUAGAGACAUGUCGGACUUGACACCUGGUGUGCAGUCGCAUAAAUUCGAUGCGUUUAAUUUCUUAUCCGUUCGCCAUGCUGUAGUGUGUUUGAGCAGUGCCUUCGAUACACUACCAACCACUUUGAGCAGCUGGGAAAAGGCACUGUAGUCAUCAUUUUAACACUGCAAAUAUGUGUUGCCUGUUAAGCAAAUUAGGUAAGCAAAUACGUAAGCAAAUUAGGGAUAGUUUAGUUUAGUCACAUUUUAAGACUGCAAAUAUGUUCUGCUGUUUUGGCACUUCAUUUAUAGGUAAGCAAAUUAGGGAUAGUUUAGUUAGCUUACAGUAAUGAAGCCCUUACAGUAAGCGCUAAAAUUGAAUUAGACCGAAUGAAGCCUUUCGGUGUUACUUAAAGUAAAAGACAGCAAAGCAUGCAAGGUCACAGUGUGACCUUUUAUCUACAGGUAUAUUUAUUUCUUGAUGGCUUCUGCUCAGUUUUAAAUCUGGAAGUAAAGUUACAGUACAGUGAGUGGGACCUUUUUGCUAUUGCCUUCUCCCCUCAAAAGCAAACUCAUCGUUUUUAUUACUAGUACUAGUACAUCUACUAUUCAUGAAUGAGAACGAUAUCUCUGCUUCUUUCGGAGGGCAUGAGUAACAAUGUCACAUGCAUGCCUUUUAUUUGCUGUGGAGAGACAUGCUGCAUCGACAAUGAUGCACUAUUAGGUUAUAUGCUUUUUGGUGAGUAUUUAGAGUCUGUCAUACCAAAUGUCCUGCCUAGUGUGAAUCAGAGCUUCCAAGUGGAAAUCAGAGCUUCCAAGUGCAAGUUUGAUUCUGCAUGCACAAGGUUGCGUUCCUGGCAAGGGUAGGUUUAAUAGAGAAAGUACAGAACAGGCUGCACAGCACAGGCUCGCAUGUUGCCAACAGUUUUAGAGCUGUGUACUUGAACCUAUACUGGCAAAAGGUUCCUCGAUUGUCAUUGAAGCAAAAGCGUACAAAUUAUGUGGUCAAAUCUUGUUCAUUUCUUUGCAGAGGUGUGUCAAGUUGUUGUUGUAGCAAGCUGUGUUUCAUUGUAAUUCAUAUUGUUGUCGUGGUGCUUUGGUCGAACUGUAGCAAAAAAAAAAAAAAUUGACAGUAAAAUAGCUUGUCUACUUUAUUUUUCAAAAACUAUUGCUUAUGCCCUAUCGUACAACCAGAAAAAACAUCAUGUUUUCCUCUGGCCUCUAGGUUAGUUCCUUGUUUAGUUUACGGGUAGGUGGGCUUCCGGAAUCUGGUUGUGACACCCAACAUCUGCUAUCUUGCUUUGAGGCCUAUGUCUGGCUUUCCUAGAUAUGGGCCAUAAAGAUGUAUAUCUUUUUUUUUGUCUCUGUUAUUGCAUAAUUCAUUUAAAACAAAUACACGUACUUCUCUACGGUCGAUAUAGUGGGUUAAAGCAGUGAUACCGCCUUGUAGUAGCAAAUCGCACUGAAUCAGAAGUACCAAAAUACAGUGGCAAGGCCCAGUGGCAGUUUUGUGUGUAGACAGUACAUUUAAUUUUAAUUUUAUUGUACUGUCAGUCUCAUUAGGGCCAUCACAGGGUGGUGGUAAGAUUAAAACAAUAACAAAGGAAUACUGAAAAACUACAGCACUCCCUGUUCAAACAACUUAUGACUAUAACGUGUAACAAAAUUAAGCAGUGAGAGGAUAGCCUAGACAUUAUAUUAGAAAGCAAAGCAAACGAGCAUAAUAAAAAACUAUGUUAUCUCCUAAAACACCGUGAUUCAGGUUUUGAAGAAAAAAAAAGUCGCACAUUCAAGUGAAAAAAAUGCCACGUGUCGCCAAGCUCACCGGCGAGUAAUAAGCCUAGAAAGAACCCACAUAAUGUGGCUUGAUCUUUCCGAGAUACUCUAAGAAGUGUUUAACAAUUUUCUCAUACUUGUGAAUAUUUUUUAGUUGUAGAAAUGGAUGCUCAAAUAUGAAUUGAAGAUAAAAAAAUUUCUUAGUUUGUAUAGUGUAAAUAUGCCAAACUAUGAAUAAAGGCACCUAUUUUUUAAGUGUAGUCUACAGGGCGGCCUCCACUCUGUUUGCCUGUACAUAAGUAAAAUUACUUGUUGACUUCCCCUUUGUGUAUUGGAUUUCAUUGCUUAACUGCACAAUGAUGAACGAGCGCAAAAAUGGUGGACUUGAUUAGUACUGAAUUAUAUUAGCAAGGAGAGUACAAAUAAGCCCCCACAAAUACAACAAGCGACUGCAAAGCUCUACAGUCAACUCUGUCAAAAGAGAAUCCCGUAUCUGCUUAUUGUUAAUGGGACUGGCAACUCUGGGCAGUACUUUGCUACAUUUGGCACAAUAUGUUGCAGUCAUUCUGACUAAACGUCUAUAUCAUUACAUAAGCUGUCUGGAAGACAUAUGUUUCUUGUCUUCCUCCAAUCUCGUGGUUGCAUUUUAGCACUCUGCAACACUUACUAAAGUGCAACGUCCUAAUGUAACUGGAAUUUGCCUCCGAGCGCUUUUGUUGUCCUGACAGCAGGUCGUUGUGGUUUAGUACCGCUACAAAUGAAGCUUCUGAGCUCUCUGGCCCUGAAAGAUGUCUGUCAUAUGUGCUUGAAGCACUUGUUUGAGAAGUUCUUAAGAUAGGUUGCUUUUCAUUCGGUGGUGCCGAGGGCUGUAGUUCAUAGACUGUGGACACUUAGUUCAGGAAAGUAGGGUAAUCGAGACUUACUUUUUUUAUGCUUCCACAGCUUGCAUCUUAGCCAAACCGCAUUCUUAGCCAUAUACCACUGUGGACAUUGUCUAGUUCUGAGAUUGGCUGUGCCCAAGUCUUCUAACUCUGUAUAUCCAGAGCUUCAGCCAACGAUUGAUUGAUGAUUGAUUGAUUGAUAUGUGGGGUUUAACGUCCCAAAACCACUAUAUGAUUAUGAGAGACGCCGUAGUGGAGGGCUCCGGAAAUUUAGACCCCCUGGGGCUCUUUUCUAGUAUGCUUAGUGACGAGGGCUUUGAUGAACAAGCAUUUUGGCAAAGUAGUGACUUGAUGCUGCUUUUCUUUUGGUUUGAUCAGUGACAUGUACUGCCUUUUAAAAUAACCCUCACACUUCUACAUGGUAAGCUACUGCGUUAAAAUAUCUUUUUUUCUAGGCUUAUGUCUUGCGAGUAAAACUAUUCAGCCAUAGCACAACUACAUCACACAGCAUUGCUGACAUCCUCUCAAGCACAGUGCCAAGUUGUGAAGCCUUGUAUUUGCGUUUGCAGUAUUGGCAAAGCCUUUAUAACUAAAGGAUCUUCUGACUUCAUUCAAGUGUGUUGUCCACAUUGAACAACCCUGAAGUUUUGUAAUCUGGAAUUCGUAGUAGUAGCAUUAAUUUGGAGGAGCAUACAUGCAUCCAUCUUCAAACUGUUAUUUUUUUGUCAUCACCAAAUAAACAGUGGUGCCAAGGUAGGAUUGGCAGCUUUGUUUGGUGCAUUAAAAGGUCGACAGCAAAUAAAACCUUCUUGCGACGUGCUCGCUUAUUUAAGGUGUUUUAAUGUAAGCCGGCGCUUGAGAUGUUAUAACGUGAAGCUGCGUAUGCUAUUGGCCUGUGUUGCUUAUGUUUCUGGCCCAGAAUAAUGUCACAUGUGUUUGCCUCUCGGUUGUGCCCGUCCCAUUUGGCCACACUUUCUUUUGUAUUUUGUUUCCCCUGCCUAGUCAGCAGGCAUGUUGCCAUGUCACCUGUGUUCCUGAAUAGCAUUUUCAAAGAUAUUUUUAUACUUGCUGUGUUGAGCCACAUAUUUUUGUAUCUUCUCGAAGUGGACUGUUUUUUGGAACCACUGUUGACAACAUUCCCCGCAAGGUUACACUACCAUGCCCCCCUCCACACACACCUUGAGUCUGGCUGCCCACCUUUUUUUGUGCCCGCCGUGACCUGCUUUUCGCCCUGUAGGUUCUCAUGCAAGCUUGUAUGAAUGGUUCCGCAGUAAAUGUUUCUUGUUCACUGGAA